CCCAUAAAUUAACCUGUCUCCGGUCUCUGUCAUCCUUGGUCAAGUAAAUUCUGUCCUUUUGCUGCUCUCACUUUGGCCCGUUUGACUGACCCGUUUAGACUCGGAUUACAGAAAGGAGGAAAUACAAACAUGAACAGAGCAACAUUUUUCAGUUUAACUUUUCUUGUUGGUUCCACAUUAGUGAUUGCUCAAUCCAGGGCUCAAAAUAUGUGGGGCCAAUCCUCAAAUAACCCCUCCUGGGACCCCAAUCCCCAUUUUUCCAAUAGCGGGGGAGGUGGAGGAGGCCAAUCACAGGGCGGUAAUUGGGGCACCCAACAGGGAGGAGGCAGUUGGACAAGUUCUUCCUCGACAUCUUCUCAGUCUUCCAAUCCCAUGUUGGAAGCAGCCAGCAUGGCCGCCAUGAUGGGGCUAGGUGGCAUGGGGGGCAUGGGGGGCGGAUCAUCCGGUGGCAUGGGGGGCAUGAGUGCCCUGAACGCCAUGACAGGAAUGAUGAACCCGAUGUCAUUGAUGUUGAACAUGCAAGCAAGAAGCAUGGGAGAUAACUUUAAUCCAAGCCCGCCCGAAGUAGUCUACACAGCAAACCAAUGCCCUGCUUUUACAACAUUUCGACAGUGCCAUAUUAACCCCUGUCCCAUCAGAUGCAAACGAUUCCCUGCAGCACGUUGUGUAACAAACCCCUGCGGAGGAUGCGCCCCUGAAUGGUACCAGGGAGGGAACAGAAUUGUUGACUGUGAUUAAACAGAUUAAGGACGACUUAAAUACAGACAGGAGUUAUCCGUUGACGCUUUUAACCACUUUGCCAAAAACAAAAACCUUCGUAGCGAGAACAUCUGCAUCUUACUCCAAGGCUCUGCUAGACUUUACAAGAGAGAUGAAAAUACGUAGUGAAUAUAUUUCAAUCUGAAAUACGUACAUUAUUUACCAAGUGACAUAUUACAUUUAUCAAAAAUAAUUAUUUCUAUAAAAUCUAAUAAAUGUCUAGUUCUUUACUGUGUAAAGAAUUUCUCCGAAUAUAAAAAAAACCUAUAUUACAGCUCAAACGAAAUAUUUACUCAUUUUUUGCAUAUGAAAUAUGCAAAAUCUUUGUAUAUUUUCCUUUUUCUGAAGUUAUGUGUAUAUUUCUAUUGUAUAUUUUUUUUUGUAAUCAAAUAAUUUAUAUUUAUCAAUUGAAUGUUAAUUAUAUAUAUCAAUAAAAGCCUCAUU